AGAAGGCCGAGCCCGAGGCCCCGGGCCACUCCCGGCGGGACUCGGACGACGAGGACGCAGCCCCGAACCUCUGAAGACAUGAACUACACACGGUUCCUCACUGCCAGGAGCAGGUCCAGACAAAGCUCUCCCAUCCGGGCCACGGCUGAUUUAUUGGGCAAGGCGUCCAAGUCACUCAUCAGCCUGGCUCCUGGAUAUCCAAACCCAAACACUUUCCCCUUUAAGACUGCUACGAUCACUGUUGAAAAUGGAACUCACAUCCACUUUGAUGAAAAGCUGAUGCAUAGAGCACUUCAGUAUUCUGAAAGCUCUGGGAUACCAGAGCUUCUUUCCUGGGUAAAACAGUUACAAAUAAAAUUGCAUAAUCCUCCCACUGUCCACUACCCACCCAGUCAAGGACAGAUGGACAUAUGCAUCACUUCCGGCUGCCAAGAUGGUCUGUGUAAGGUAUUUGAAAUGAUCAUUAAUCCUGGAGAUACUAUCCUGCUCAAUGAACCACUUUAUUCAGGAACAAUUCAAGCUAUAACACCGCUGGGAGCCAACAUUAUUAAUGUUCCCGGUGAUGAGCAUGGGAUCAUUCCAAGCUCCCUCAGAGAAAUACUUUCCAAAUGGAAACCAGAAGAUUCAAAGGACCCUAAGAAAAAGACUCCCAAAUUCCUUUAUACCAUUCCAAAUGGAAGCAACCCAACUGGCAAUUCCUUGACAGCUGACCGCAAAAAGGAUAUCUAUGAGCUCGCCAGAAAAUACGAUUUCCUCAUAAUAGAAGAUGAUCCUUACUAUUUUAUCCAGUUUAACAAGCCCUGGGCACCAACGUUUCUAUCCAUGGAUGUUGAUGGGCGUGUCAUCAGAGCUGACUCUUUUUCCAAAGUCCUCUCCUCAGGGUUGAGAAUAGGGUUUUUAACUGGCCCAAAACCCUUGAUAGAGAGAAUUGUUCUGCACUCUCAAGUUUCAGUGAUGAAUACCUGCACUUUCGCACAGCUCAUGGUAUCACAGCUUCUACAUCAAUGGGGAGAAGAAGGUUUCUGGGCUCAUGUCCACAGAACCAUUGAGUUUUACAGGAGCCAGAGGGAUGCAAUAGUGAGAGCUGCAGACAAGUGGUUAAGUGGCUUGGCAGAAUGGCAUGUUCCUAAAGCUGGUAUGUUUUUAUGGAUUAAAAUUAAAGGCAUUCCUGAUGUAAAGCAGUUGAUUGGCAAAAAAGCCUUGGAGAAAGAGAUCUUACUGAUUACCGGAAGUGCUUUCUAUAUAGACAGCUCAGCUCCUAGCCCUUACUUCCGAGCAUGCUUCUCUUUAGUUUCUCCAGAACAGAUGGACAUAGUCUUCCAGAAAUUAGCCCAACUUAUAAAAGAAUCUUUAUGAAAAAGUCAAACUAAUCACAGCACUUGUUGAUUUUCCACACGAAUUAUAUCUGUGCCUUAGCUGGAAGAAUUGGUCAUUGAUGUUGGAGUUACAGAUUGAUUUUUGUUGAACUUACCAUAUCUGUAUAUGUAUAAUAGUUUAUCUGGGAAACUUUUAAAGUGCCUUCCACUCCAUCAGAUUGUCAGCAUGUAUUUAUAAUUCAUAUACACCUUUUGAUUGAUAUUCAACCUGCAAAAAUUAUUUUAAUCUUGGAUUUUACUGUGAAGAAUAUAAUUGCUAUAGAAUGUCAUGUCAAUGUUCUUUA